AUGAAGUUCCUGUUUAAAUUUUUCUUCUUCGUCCUUAUUCUAAUUAUUGUGAAGAAAUCAAGGACAGAUAAAUUUGACUGUAACUACUACGACACGGUUGAUAUCUCACAUAUUGAAAUGCAAAACAAUACAUAUCUAUAUGAUGACCACCUAAUUCCUGCUAACCUGACUGCAGAGUAUGAUAUCAGGCAUUUUGGGGACGGAUCCACAGCGCCGGUAAAGAAGCAUUUAAGAGCUUGCGUAUGUGCAGUGUAUCCCUGCAUUCGAAUCUGUUGCCCCCGCAAGAAUAUGUUGGCCCAUGGCAAUUGCGAUGAUGGUUUAAAGGAUGAACUGGCUCAGCUAAAACCAUACAUCUACCUUACGACGAUGAAUCAAACAAUGGAGGCGCGUUUCUCAUUCGACGAGAUGGUGGUUAUUAGGGAUCAGUUUUGGGAAUGUGAUAAAGUUCGGAAUCUAAAGAACGACGAGUACGCCUUAUUAUUGGAUGGAACCUUAUUAACUAUUUACGGAUACUUGGAAAUACAGGACUACUGUAUAUAUCCUCAUAAUUUUAAUAAGGACUUUCCAAAGUCGAUAUGGAUAGUAAACCACUCUUGCACAACCCAUUUACCAGCAGGAUUUCGCGAGAUCAAUAUUAUAUCACUGAUAUGCUUUUUUCUAACGAUCGCCGUAUAUCUUUACGUUAAGGAUCUUCGGAACGUGAGUGGAAAGUGCCUUGUAUGCUGCAUACUUUGCAGGUUCAUCCAGUAUUUAAUCUUAUUACUGGAUAGUUUAGACCUAUUAACCGGCAUUUGCUCUCUGGCAGGGUACAGUUCAUACUUCUUCCGGAUGGCUUCUAUUCUCUGGCUAUCUGUGAUCAGCUACCAUAUGUGGGUUUUAAUUACAUCGCUCAAUCGUAAUGAACCCAGUUAUCGGUUCCUUAAAUACAGCAUUUUCGUGUGGAUUACGUCUGCCAUCAUGACAGGCUUAAUCUAUCUCAUUAAUAGAAUGUGGGAAAAUGAUGUCUCUAAAUGGAAUUGGUUGCCCUUGGUCGGAUUUAUUCAAUGCUCAGUAAAAGAAUGGAAUUCUUCUUCUUGGGUGUACAGUAGUGGUCCGACUAUGAUUCUAAGUACUUUCAAUGUCAUCAUGUUUAUCCUGACCGCCAUUCACAUUUGGAAAGUUAAGAGUGAAAUAAGAAAGUUAGAUUAUCGGCGAGGAAGACAGGUAAACUGUCUUAAUUUCGACAGCGAGACUUAUUUACUAUUUGUGCGACUGUCCGUAAUGAUGGGCCUGUCUUGGAUCAUGAAUGUAAUUCCGUUUUCAGCGCGGUUAAAUUUUGUUUGGGAGCACGUCCUUCUGAUAUCUGAUUACUAUCAUUGCGGUUUUGGGAUAGUCAUUUUUUCGAUAUUUAUUCUAAAACGCAGCACGCUUAAGCUACUUGUUAAUUCAUAUCAUUGUAUCAGAUGUAGAAAAGCCUGAUCUAAAUGAAAUU